AUGAUCAAUCCUCCAAACGGCAAGUCGAUGUUGGUCACUAUCCUUGCUUUCCUCGACAUCACCAAUUACACCAAAAUGGUGCAGACUACCACCAUUGCUGAGAGAAGGAUCAAAAAGGCGGUUGUUAACUAUGUGAAUAUGAAGCGGUCAAUGUCAUCUGGAGCACCUCCUCCUCCACCUUCGUCAAAGUGUGGCAAGCCAAGCCACAAUGUUAGAAAUUGCUCUACAACGGCUGCAAGGAGCCAAGGGACUCAAGCAAGCAACAAUCAGCCAAGGCAACCUACUCAAGCAAGAGUGUACUCACUCACAUCAGGAAAUGUUGAAGCUGAAGCAAACGCCACCAACGUAGUCACAGGUAUAAUUCCUUUGUUUGGUAGUGUAGCUUGCAUCUUGUUUGAUUCGGGUGCUACCCAUUCCUUUAUUUCGUCAAAUUAUAUAAAGAUGUGUAAGUUGAGCACUGAGCCCUUAGAUCAGAACAUAUGCGUGGCCACUUCGGUUGGUGACGCAGUUACUUGUUGGAAAUGUGUGGACAACUGUCCUAUUGUCAUAGAAGGGAAGACUUUGCCACCGAAGCUAGCUGUAUUUAGCAUGCUAAGCAUUUAUGUCAUUUUUGGGAAUGGAUUGGCAAUCAAAUUAUGGAGCAAACAUAGAUUGCCGCAAGAAGAAGGUGAUAUUCCGACUUCAUGGCCUAGAAGAAUUCAAGUUCUGCGUGUGCAAUCUACUUCACCAUUUCUAUCUAAUGUUCAAGCCAUAAAGAGUGUCAAAGAGGGUGCACAAGCAUAUUUGGCUUAUGUCCAAGCCAAGCCUGAAGUCAAGUUGAAGUUGGAAGACAUUUUGAUAGUAUACAACUAUUCGGAUGUUUUCUCAAAAGUCACGGGAUUGCCUCCGGAUCGAAAAAUUGAGUUCACCGUCGAUUUGGUACCGGGAACUCAGCCUAUUCAUAAGGCACCGUACAGUAAGGCUCCGACAAAGUUAAGAGAGUUGAAAGAGCAACUUCAAGAGUUGCUUGAUCGGGGUUUUAUUUGCCCAAGUGUGUCACCGUGGGGUGCACUUGUGCUAUUUGUAAAGAAGAAUGACGAUUCUAUGCGACUGUGCAUAGAUUACCGCGACUAA